CCGUUUCGUGUUAGUUCAAGAACAUGCUCGGGGAUCGCUGCAGUCGCUAUAAGCAAACUGAACCCUCGGUUCAAUUUCGUGCGCGAAAUAUCUACUUUUACAAAUUUCUCUAUGUAUAAUAGCAAAGCUGGUAUGUAAAUGUGUAAACAUAACUCAAAGUUUCAUAUUUUGUCAUAAACAAUAUUAAACGUUGCUAUAUAUACACACUAAAAUCAAUACACUCCCAUAUCGAUCAAACGAUGCCCUUUUUCAAAACCAACAGCUAUAAUGUAUCAAGAUCUCGGGCUUUGGAGAAUUCGUCAAAGAAAAAUGGUUGGAGACAUACGAUUUUUAAUACUGUGGGGGAUAAGUAUAUAGGCGAAUGGAAAAAUGAUAAAAAGACUGGAAAAGGUCGAAUAAUCACCCGCAACGAUGAGCUUUAUGAAGGUGAUAUGGAAAAUGAUAGAAGACACGGAUUCGGAGUGUUGGCCCAACGAAUACCAAACACAGAUGUAUAUCAGCUGUGUUACAGAGGGGACUGGAAAAAUGGCAGAAUGCACGGUCACGGAAUGCGAAUAUAUCCAGACGGAAGCUUUUAUAUUGGAGAAUUUAUGAACGGAAAAAGACAUGGUCAUGGCCAGCAGUGGUAUGCGGAUGGGGCGUUUUUUGAUGGCUAUUUCAAAAAUGAUAAGAAAGAAGGUUUAGGGAUGCUGAUAAGGGCAGACGGUAACCGUUACGAAGGCGAAUGGUUAAAUGACCUGAAGCAUGGUCAAGGCCUUUUCUUCCAUUUGGAUAACGGUCAGCUCCAAGAGGGUGUAUGGAAUUUAGACACGUGCGUGUGUAGCCAGAUAGGAGAUAUCGAUUACAGACAGUGCUGCAUCAGCCCUACACCCUACCCGAUACCUGACGUAAGUAUGAGACAGUCUGUUAAGGACUUUCAAGAAGUCUCCAUACUGUUUACGGAAAAAUCUGAGUAUGAACAGCCAUCACCAAGAAAUACUAUGAGAAAGUCGAUAUUCAAUGAGGCUAUGAUCAGGUCUUUUUAUCGCGGUAGAAGUGACAAUUUUCUUAAAGAAACUGUCGGGGAUUUAACCACAAUCAACAAAUCUAUAAUUGAAUAUGCAAAAAGUUAUCACGGGCUUAACCGCUAUCAUCAAUAUUUAGAUAGUGUUCUGGAACUGAAUUAGGAUUAGAGACUCUUAUAAUUAUUAUAUCUAUAUAUAUUUUUAUGUUCUCUUAAAGUGUAGUAAAAUUAUACCUACUAG